AUGUGCAGUUUCGCUGUUAUUAAAGUGACCGUAAAGCGAAGCGUGUACGACCACUUUUCUGGUAGAUAUGAAGAGUUUGUUGUCCUUUGACGUGUUUCGUAUAAAAACAUUUUUUUUCCUUUGUCAUUACAAAGUAUAUCCGGUGAUCGUGUCUCUUUAUCAAUUCAAUCUUUAAAUAUCAAUUAUAACCCGCUGAUGGCCGAAAGUCGUAUUUGAGACUGGGUCAAAAAGAAUUUAAAAAGAAGAAGAUGGUUUCGAAAAUUAGCGGGACGUCACACAGGUUGUGAGAGCGCUUGACUGUAAUUGACAGUCGAUUAAUUAACGGUCUAAUAAUUACGAUUAACUUUUUUCACGUGCAAUGACAUUUAUUACUUGCUUUGAUCAUAAGUGAUUAUUUACCAAGAUAGCAAUAUGGAUCAAGUAUAUAAGCUUUAUGAUCGUCAGGCAUCACCAAAGAUUAGUCUAAAGGAAUAUUUUCAGCAAUACGGUGAAUUAGUCAAGUCCUCUUUAUGUCAUGGUACAAGCGAAGACAGUGAAGAAAAGAUUUUUCAACUUAUGGAUGUUCCCUUGCCACAAGGGACAAUUUCCUUAAUCAAACAUUAUUGCAGCAUUGAGAAUUUAUCAUUAGCAAUAGAAACUGCCAAUAGAAAAGAAGAAAAAAAACAAGAAUAUGCUAACAUAUCUGAAAAAGUAUUAGAUAAUGCUUCGUUGGAAACAAUUAAAAUGUUAAAGACAUUAUCUAAGGAACCUAUAAUAAAAUCAAGGAUUCAAAAUGGAUUUCCACUUAAAUAUGAUGAAUCAAGCUGGCCCAAUAAUGAUUCUGUAACACCAUAUGAAGAAUUUUUGGUUUAUUGUAGAGUGUAUGAGCCAUUUGAAAGCCAAUCUCGUUUUUAUAAGUAUAAGAUAAAUAAUAUCCCAUUUCUUAAACUUAAAAGUGUCAUAUCGAUCCUAGGAUGUCAAACUCUUUAUGAUCUACGUGAAAAGAUAAUGUGUCAAUCCGAUCUAUCAAUUAUGGUAGAAACUAGUAAAUAUCAAAAAAAGCCUCAAACAAUGGCAAAAGAUGUCUAUAAAUCAGGAUUCUUUUACAUUGAAGAUACAUUUAUAAGAUAUAUUAGUGCAUCAACCAACGUUGAUUAUAGUGCUGUUAUAUUACAAUGGGCAGAAACUCGGCAGGAUUUAGGUCCAUUUAAAGUUGCAACCAUGGAUGCUCAAAUAAAUUCUCUUUGUGCAAGAUUUGGUUUUCCAUGGGUAUAUCAACAUCAGGGUUGUUGUGAACAUUUAAUUGUGCUGACUGAUGCUAGGUUGGUGACCACAAAUGAUGCAUUAUCAUUGUCUGCCUACCCAAGAAUAGAAAGAUUAAGACCUAUCUCUGGGAAAAAUUGUAUUUAUUGUGGAUUACUUAAUGUACACUGGGUUAUAACAGAACACAAUAGAAUAGAACCACACGGUAUAAGUUAUUUCUGUAAUAAGUGUUUUAUAUCUUAUAAUUAUGUUAAUGGUCAUAAAAGGAAUUUUAAAGCAUAUCAUUAUCCUUGUAUACCAAGCCUAUUGUGUAAAAAACCUACUGGACCUAAACGUCAUAAAUAAAGUUUUUAUCAGUUUCUUAAUUAUUUA